UUCUCCUCACUUGAAAAAACAAAAAAACACAAUGAGAUCUCUUCUAUUUUGUUUGAUAGAAAUUCUAAAAGAAGCAUUCAAACUAUUCUUCAAAAAUGGAAGAACAAUGGCUUUUAUUGCCCUAUUCAUCAUCCUCACCAAAUCUAUUCUAUUUUUCUCAAAUAUUUUCUCCAUCAAACCCUUAAUCGUCCACUUACUCAUAGAAAAAAACCUCCUUCAAUUUGCCACUCCAAAUACCCCAGAAUUCACCACAAUUUUCACCCAAAUUAAAAAAGAUAUCGAAAUCUUUUUCGGUUUGGGAUUCAUUUUCUUAACUUUUACUUUAAUCUCUUCCUUACUUUCGGCGACAACAACAAUCCUCGCCGCCGCAGUUACCUAUGCCGGAAAGCAAGAAUUAACCUUAAAAAACUUGCUUUCAAGGAUUAGAAGAAUAUGGAAAAGACCAACUAUUACUUUUUUAUACACUUCCCUUCUUAGUCUGAUCUAUCUCUUCAUUUACGUCGCGAUUCUCAUCGGAAUUAUGCAAAUUACCAAAAUGCAAUUUACAAAAAACCCAGAUAAAUCACUAGUUGCUAUCUUAAUCCUUACCAUUUUGGUUCUUUUCAUUUCGGUUUCUGGUUUGGUUUACUUUCUUAACUUAUUAGUAAGUUGGAACUUAGCCAUUGUUAUUUCUGUUGUGGAAGACAUUAAAGGAAUUGAGGCAGUAGAAAAGGCUAAACAAAUUUCUAAGGGAAUGAAGCUACAAGGAGCGUUAUUGAUUGUUUUGAUCAGCAUAUUAAAUUUAGGGUUUGCCCUAGGGAUGAACAUGAUUCCUAGGGUUUCAGUUCCAGUUCAGAUACUUAUAGGCUUAGUCGAAGCAAAUUUUGGUGGUCUGGUAAGCAUGUAUUUGUAUGCAGUUUUUACCGUAUUUUACUUCAGAUGCAAGAAAUCUUUUGGAGAAAAAGUUGAAAUAUUUGAAAAAAGAUUUGAUGGAUAUAGUAUGGUACCCACCACCAUUACUGCUCCAAUUGUGGAUGAUAAUAUUCCAUGAUUAUACACUAGUAUUUGUUUUUUGGUAGAGAACAACCAAAAGCUCAUUUAAUAAAAAUUAAAUAAGAUACAAUAUGUUUUUAUAUUUUUGUCUAUUAAUUGGGUGUAUUUUUUUAGUGAAUGUGAGAUAAGAAUUCAUGUUAAUAGUAUUGUUCUUUAAUAAUUUUUUGGCAA